AUGGCGGAUCCCAAAAAACAAGAGAAAGACUUCACGAAAGAGGUCGACUCUCUGUUUGAAGAGACGAAGAAAUUAGCCACGACCAAUAUACAGGAGGCACUGGACAAGAUCUACGUCCUAGAGAAGCAGACACGAAACGCGUCAGAUCUCAAGUCCACUACCCGUCUUGUGAAGGAGGCGUCGGAGAUCUGCUACUUGUCCCAUAACUUCGAGCUGCUGAAUAGCAACAUCAACACUUUGAGCAAGAGGCAUGGGCAACUCAAAGGCGCUAUCCAGGGCAUGAAGUGGCUGGAGUUGAUUGAGACGCUGAGGAAUGUCACUGAGGGCAAGAUUUUCUUAGAGACUCCCCGCGCACGCAUAAGCCUCCUACUUGCCCAUUAUCAUGAGAGCCUCGCCAAAACACACGAAGAAGCGAAGCGCAAGGAGUCUCUUCAGGUUGCUUCCGAUCUCCUCAGCGACCUUCAAGUCGAGACAUACUCCUCCAUGGACCGGAGAGAGAAGACAGAGUUCCUCGUGGAGCAGAUGCGUCUGUUGAUCGCACUCGCGAGACUCAAGGACGGCGAGAUCGGCGUCAAGGACAAGAAGGAUUCCAUUGGGGGCGGAGAGUCUGAGUGGGUCAAGGUCCGUGUCGGUGGGCGGAAGGUCAACGAGGAGUUCCUGAAGGACGCUGCCAACGAGGAUCUCAAGCUGAAGUACUACGACAUGAUGAUCCAAUUUGCCCUGCAUGAGAGCGCGUAUCUAGAUGCGGCCAAGUACUACUACAAGGUCUGGGAAACACCGACAAUUAAGGACGACGCUAUUGAGCACAUCGUUUACUAUGUCGUCCUUGCCCCUCACGACAACGAACAAUCGGAUAUGCUGCAUCGCACAUUUGCCAACCCUGCACUGUCAAGGCUAGAGCUUCACUACGCUCUCGUUAAGUGCUUCACAACUCCGGAGUUGAUGAGGUGGCCAGGAAUCGAGCAGAUUUAUGGGCCCCACUUGAAGAAGACUAUCGUCUUUAGCGCUGACAAGCUCUGGGAGGACCUGCACACAAGGGUAAUCGAACAUAAUAUCCGAAUCAUGUCGCAAUACUACACUCGCAUUACUCUUGCACGUCUGACCUCACUUCUCGACCUCACGCAGCAGCAAACCGAGGAGGUCCUGUGUCGACUGGUCGUAUCGGGAACAGUCUGGGCAAGAGUCGACCGCCCAGCAGGGAUUGUCAACUUCAGGAAGAGCAGGAGCGCAGAAGACGUGAUGAACGACUGGAGCUCGGACAUGCAGCGAUUGUUGGGUCUGGUCGAGAAGACAUGGAUGAGCGUGAAUGCCGCGCAAGCAGCACAGUCGCGGGCUGUGAAGGCGUCAUGA